AUGGCUCGCAAAGAAUCGUCGUCCUCCGAGAUGAGGUACACCUGUGAUCAGCCAGGCUGUACCAAGAGUUACUCGCGUCCUGACCAUCUCCUCCGUCACAAGCUCAACCACGAUCAGGCGCGCGUUCUCUGCUGCAACCAAUGCGACCGUACUUUUGUCCGUCAAGAUCUUCUCGUACGCCACCUUGAGAGGCAUGCCCUCCGCGGCAAGACCCUCGGUAGAUGGUCCAACCGUAACAAGGACGCCAAUGACGACCACCUACAUGACAAAGCCGCCUCCUCCUCAUCUCCCACCAAGUCUGCUUCUGCCUCUAACAAGCAACGCAAACCUUCCGCUGCUUCUCGCUCCAGCCGCCGUUCCCAUGUCCAUCUCAACCGACAACAUGAUCGCCUUUCCGACGACGACGACGCAGACGACGCUGAUGCCGAUGCUGACGCUGACGCCGACGACAACAGCGACCGCAACGAUCCAGACUCGGAUCAACAGAUUCACCCCAACCACUUACCCACUAAUCCCACCCACCUCGCCUCAACACAGCAUCUUGCAUCUCCUCCUUGGUCAAACCUUACUGCUGCUCCCCUCGUUACGUCCACCUCGCAUGCUCCACCACUCUCGUCUGCACCUGCACCAUAUGGCUCAGCCGCCGCCUGGUCCAACAACCCUCCCAUGUCGCCUCCCGCAACGCGUCCCUUACACGCAUAUCCUGCAGAUACCUCCUCUUAUCGCUCGGCAGCCGCAGAUGCUCCCCACGAUGCCAAGCCUUCUGUGUCUGGUUUUGCCACUCAAACCCCCUCCACACCCAACCACGCCGCCUACCCUCCGCCACCGUAUCGUAACGAGUCGAUCUGGCCCGACGCAUCUGCGCAGCCCGAUCUACGAUCAGAGUACGUUCAAAACAACCAUUCUGCUGCCACUGCUGCUGCUGCCGAUGCUCAGGCUGCCGCUCCAUUUCGAUGGAUUCCCGGCGCUUCUACAUCCAGUCACCCAUCCGCAGGUAGCUAUGCUCCACCUCCAUCCGCAUCCUACAUGGCUGCCUGGAACGAUGCCUCACGUGACGCCACACGUCCAGAUGCCGCCAUGCCAUUGGCUGACCUUGAACCCCCUGCCGCCAUACCGGCCGUUGCCCGGCCGCCCUCCACCCUUCCACCCCCCAAUCAGGACAUAUUCCCGUUUGCGCCACCCAUUGUCGACCACACCGCUGACUUUGGCUGGCUCUUUGACGGCGUCGAUCCCUUUGGCGGCUCCAACUUUGGCGGCAGUGUCGGCCGAGCUACCACUGCUGGCAGCAACGCACGCGGUCCGCACUCGCAAACUUCCGCGUUCUCGCCAAGCAGCUCCGACGGCCUCGGAGGCUUUCUUGGAAACAUACAUGGCUCUCACAACAGUGUACCUCCAUCCGGCACUGCAGCCGACGCCUCCAGCUUCGGACGUGGCAUGAGCUCUGACGGUAUCCUCUUGUCCGGCAGCGAAGUCGAAACCCCCAACGCCCUCGAAGAUCUCGCCUACUUUGCAACCCUUCAAGCCGAUAUUCCCAGCCGAGUUACCUAUCAUCUCGAUCCCGUCGCGCACCACCGACUUCUCAUCUUUCUCCAAUCCGUCAGCGAGCUUCCCAAUUCGCCCCUUUUUACGCCAUCUGCUCUCAGAUGCUACAUCUAUCUCUUCUUUGUCAAGUUCAAUCGCCUCUAUCCGCUCAUUCACGAGCCCACCUUUGCAGCUAGCACCACCGACCCAAUGCUUUUGAGCGCCAUCGUCGUGAUUGGAGCGCAUUUUGCAGGUCUACCCGCUCAUGAGCUCGCCGUUCGCAUCGCUCAAAAGAUCUGGGGCGCCGUAGUCAGUCUCGAGGAUUUUCGUCCAGCACGAGCCACGCUGCCCAUGCUCCAGGCGCUCGUCCUCACCGAAUGCUUUGGCAAGCUGAUGAGUACUCGUCCCCAACACGAGAUGGCACACCUCUUCCACAACUUUAUCAUCACUCUUGCCCGCAGAAACGCCGUCUUCAACGCCAGCACCCCCAGCCAAGCUCACUUUGACGACUCGGAAGAAUCUUGGAGAAGCUGGGCUAGAGAGGAGGAAAAAAAGCGAAUCGCUCUAUUCGAAUUCAUGCUCGAUGCGCAGCACGCCACCAUCUUUCGACACAUUCCUUCGCUCUCUGCUUUCCAGGUUCAGCUCAACUUGCCCUGCAGCGACGACGAGUGGAACAAAACCACGCCCGAAGCUUGGCACAGAUUCCGCAAGCGUCCAAGCUACAAGCCUCCCGGCCCAUUCAUUCCGGCGCUCAAGGCGUGCCUCAGCCCUGCCAAGACGCCCCAGGAGCUUGACGCCUUUCCACGCUUUGUGCUUUUGCACGGCCUGAUGAGCAUUGCUUACGAUCUUCAAUGGAAACAGAACGUCUUGCUAGGUGCAGAGUCGUCUCCAGGCGGUAGUCGAGCCCCCGACAAUGGCAUCGGCAACUGGAAAGACCGUCUCUCAGCAGCUUACUCUUCUUUGCAAGCCCGCAUGGACAUUGCUUACAUCAAGGCAGAUGAAGAGUCGAGCACACGCCUCAUCCACCGCGCCACUCCAAGUCUUGUUACCGCAGCUCAAAUUGCUUUGUUUGCCGAUAUCAUCGACAUUCAGAUCUACGCCGGUCUGCCCUCAGUGCUUGGCCGCUUCAUCGAUCGCGCUACCUUCAAUACCUCACGCCGGUCGGUCAAGGAAUGGGCGCGUACCACCGAUGGUCGAACCGCCGUCUGGUACGCCGUCAAUUUCUUGCGCACUUCUCUUCUAGGCGCCGGCACGGAAUCGUACGGCACCAUCCAGACGUUCAAGGCCGUUACUUCUGCUACCGCAGCCGCCGAUGAGGUCCGUAACAAGGAGGCAAGGCCAAUCUAUCCUGGCACGUGCGAUGCAGAGACCAGCGCUAGUAUUGCGGCCUCCUCAGCUGCGCGCAAAGCUUCUGACCGCGAAACUGGUCUAGACGAGGCCUUGCACCAUCGCUGGUGCCAAUAUCUAUGCGCUCUCGUCAUAUGGGCCUACGGCCAUGCCUUGACUAUCCCGCGUGUCGCUUCCACUGCCGGUGAAACAAACCACCAAGUCGCCGCUGGAGCGGGGGCGUCCGGCUCGGCUACCGCAACGAGACCUGGAUCUGCACACCACAAUACUAGCACAAGCUUGAGCUCGUCCAUCCCCAAUUCGCCUGGCGCGUUGCACGGACAGAUCUCGGCCGAAAGAACUCGGAUCGGAGGCGACGCCAGGAUCAUUGAAGCUUUGACCUCGCGCCCGUCUGCACCACCACCAAUGAAACCAGAGGGCAUCGACUUUUUGGAACGCAUGUCUACCAAGACAGCAGACGACAUUGCACAUGUCGACUGCAAAUGCUACACACGUGCCGUGCUAGAGAUGGUGGAAAGAGAGGUGAGGGCAUCACGCUGGGAGCUCGGACGUGAAGCGUCUGGGGUGUUGCGAAAGCUGAUCUCUAAUCAUCAAUUACCCGUGUGGAAUCGAUCAAGCAGCGCUGGACUUGCCGAUCCUAUGUCGCGCAGAAACGAUUCGUCAUCGCUAAUGAUCCAGCAGGCAUCGAGAUCCACGGCCCUCAACGAGGAUUCCGACGGCCGAGGAGCAUCAACCGGCUCGAUUCUCGGGAUUUCCGCACUCACCUCGCCUGCAACGAAAAUGUCUUCCCUUCCCGAGCGCCUCGUGUCAAGCCCGCACGUGACAGGUAUCGCUGGCUCAGCUGGUCCACCAAGACCCGCAAUUUAG